AGGACUUGUAGCGGUUUUUUGGUUCGGACGCCAUGGGCGAAGCAAGCGAACCCAGGAGCUUUGCCCCAGAGGCAGAGGACCAGGAGGACGAGGGAGAGCAGGCCCACGAAGGCUUGCUGGAGAAUGACUUGUACCUGCUGACCCAGGGCCAGGACGACCACGACCGUGGGCAUUUGAAUGGACCGAAGGCCUCCGAGGGUCGCAGACCCGACCGCCGCAGGCGGCGCCCCCACCGCUCGCCGAGCGCGGGCGACGCCGAGGACGCCGCUGCGCCGAGGUUGGCUUUGCCUGCACCUGCAGAUGCAGAGACCGAAGAGCCGGGGGAACCUGAGCAAGCAGAUGAAGAGGACAAGGCCGCUGAACUGGAACGCGCGCGGAAGCGGAAGAAGUUUGAGUCCAAGCCAGUGGAAGCCAAACGUGAAGGUGAUGAGGACGCAGAUUGGAUCUAUUUCCCGUCUCUGGCAGCUGCGGCCCGCGAAACAGGCGUGCCAAAUAGCUCGGUGGCGGGUCUCUGCAGUUGGCAGGGCAGCCAUUCAGGCUGGCUGUUCCGGUGGCCUGGCGCAGAGCCUUUGGACAAGCCGAUGCCCACGAGGCGUAUUGAACUUCCAGCCGAAGAGACGGAGGCGAUCCUGAGACGGCUUAGAGCCAUGUCUGCGGAGGAGCGACGGUCUGCCCUUUCCGCCAUGCCGGAGGAAACGCGCAAGGAGCUUCUAAAAUACCUGAAGCAAGAGGCGGGUGGUAGCCGCUUGCGGCAGCUCUUGUCACACCUCCCGGAGCUGCUGGACAGUGCAAGCGAGCAGAAGCGAGCAGAGCUGAUGCAGGGCAUCCGCAUGUUGGAGGCCGUCACUGCCCAAGUGCUGGCGGCACCCGACAUGGCUGCUGUCGUGAAGAUCCUCCGCGAGUUGACGCCCCAGCAGCGGCACGCCAUCGUGGAGUCGCUGCCCGCGGAGACCCAAGAGGCACUUGCUGCCCACUUGUGUGCGGAGAAGGCGGCGCACGCAGCACAGCAUGCCAAGGCCUGCGUCCCGGCGCAACAAAGCUUGCUGCCGGCACUGUGCCGGAUGCGAUGAGAGUGAUGCAGAGCUGCAGGAGAUGCCGAGGUCGACGACCCA